AGUUUAGAAAAAAACAACUUUACCGCAUACCAACUUUUAAAAUUGAGAGUGCAGAGAUGGAAGUCUCGACACCGCCAGAUUGUCGAGACCAACGGUGGAUCUCCGCCGAACAACAUCACCAUUCCGUGUAACACCCGCAUCCAACCGCUCAUUGCGCUCGCAUUUUAAAACAAACGAUCAUAUAAACGCAGGGCCGAAACAGUAGCGCGCCUUUGGCCUUUGGGUGUGUACUCCAGCUCCACCUGACAUUCGUGCUGCCGUCUGUGAUUUUAGCACGCGCGCACCAUUCCGCACCCUUCGUGGUUCUUCCGUCCUAGGGCUUCUCUCUCUCUCCUUCUUCGUCGCUCCACUGUCUUGUAAUUUUCUUCGAUGGCGAGCAGUUCGCACGGGGGAGGUUCUUUCUACGGUGCUGCCCCUUACAGAUCGAGAGAAGGUCUUAGCACGAGACCCGUCGCUCAUUCUGAUGAAAUCCAAUUGCGCAUCGAUCCAGUGCAUGCCGACUUGGAUGAGGAGGUCACGGGGCUCCGCAAACAGAUUAGACAACUCAGAAAUGUAGCUCAAGAGAUAGAGUCAGAAGCAAAAUUUCAGAAUGAUUUUAUUAAUCAGCUGCAAAUGACACUGAUCAAAGCACAAGCAGGGGUGAAGAACAACAUGAGGAAAUUGAACAAAAGCAUCAUCCAGCAUGGGUCGAACCACAUUGUCCAUGUGGUUCUUUUUGCACUUUGUAUUUUUGGUGUGGUUUUUCUAUGGUCCAAACUUUAUCGAAGAUGACUGCAGUCUUUACAUUUCCGGGACUCUGUUGAUUGAAGGCCUGAAGGGUUUCAUUGGACUGCCCAAAUUUCCAAAGCCUUCCCCACGACCCUUUCUGCUGUAACAUCUUUGAUAAAGCUCGGUCAUAGUUUUCCCAUGGUUAAGUUAUGAUGAUAGCAAGUGACAAAUGAUCUUAUCAAGGAAAGUUAUCUUUCAUUUGAAUUUGUGUAAAUAAAUAAGUGCAAGUGAAUAAAUAAAUUCAUGCCAUUUUAAAUUGCA